CUUUUCUGAAUCUGAUCACUUUUACACUUCGAUUUCCGAUCGUCGACCAUCCGGGGGGUGUUUUGCUCCAUCUCUCUACAUUUCUGCACUUUCGGAUCUUGUUUUCGUUCUUCCUGAUUGUAAUGAUGAGUUAUUAUGUGAUCCGCCUGUGACCGCGGCCCCCAACCCAAGUCAGAGUACCCGGUGACUGAUUGUUGAACGAAUGUCCAAGAAUCUAACAGCCCCUCCAGUAAAAUAUGGACUGCCGGGUCUGGAAGAGGCCGAAGCGGAUAGAAGAGGCACCUUUUGCCUCUGCGAACAAAUACUUGAGAAUGUUCUGUCUGUUUGAUAUCUCUGGCAUUGAGGCAGGGGAACUCGCUUGACUUGACUGACCCGUUACUGAAAUUCGUCUUAGCAACUCGGAAGGCAGCUAAUGUUGCAGUGAGCAUCGUGUCUUCUAUGAGGUGGACCUUGCGGAUUUUGUGGCAGAAGAGAGGCAUGAAGGGUUGUUAGUUAAGAUACAUGGAUCUUUGGGACAAAGGGGUGGGCGAAAAAGGAGAUGAAUGGUGGCAUCUCAGAGGAUGCUGCCAGCUGGCUGAAGUUGGCAUGAUCAGAAGAGCUGGCUCACGGAGGAAGGCGUUGAGGAGGUAAACUACAUAUUUAAGGAUAAGCUGAUGACUUGGAAACAGAAUCAAGCAAGAUGAGCAGGAUAACGGAUCUGAAGCUUUGUGGCAGUUCAUUCAUUCACACAGAAGCGGGAGCAGUCGUUUAUUAAGCGUAGCCCACAUACAUGACCCAACAUUUUACCUUGAAAAGAAGCGAACGAUGGAAUGAAACGUCUGGAACUCUCACCUUCACGCGGCUGCGUCUGCAUCUGCAUCUGCCGGGGACUUAUGAUGAUCCGUGUCGUCGGGGUCGUGGGAGGGAUCGGACUUGUCGAUGGAGGAGCGGAACCUGUCGAGCAGAGGCUUCAGAGCCAUCUCUAUCGCUAACCACCCAAACGCCAACGCUCCCACUACCACCGCCGCCUGUUUCCCUCCCGACGCUUUCCCCAUCUCUCUUCUCCAAAUCACGAAAAUUGAGGCCACGACGCUAUUGGCCGUCGAUAGUAUGAAUCGACGGUCAGGAUUCGGUGAGAGGGAAAUAAAAUCGAAGGCAGGGGCUCACGUGCAAUGCACAUGCCUCUCAAACUACAAGUAUCCAUGGCGUGAAAACCAAACUCAACGCAGAGGACAGGAUGGUGUCAUUCCGCUUCCCAUUCUCGUUUUCUCAGCCUCCCUUCCCCAAACCACCGCUUUCCACGUCUUCCGGUGGCUUCUCCCUCUCCGCCGUCGCCGUCUCCUUCACCGUUGGCGUCGCCACCGCCGGAGCUGCUCUGAACCCCAAGCACCCGAUCCUGCAGAACGCCCUCGACUGGGUCUUCUCCUCGGAUCGUUCGUCUCUGCUCCCUUGGGGAUCCCUGUCUCUAGCCGACUAUAGCUCCGAAACUGUGGUUGAAUCGAGGACCGGAUUCUCAUUCCCGGCGGUCAUCGGCGAUUCGCAGCGCUUACUCGGCGUCGGGUUGAGGAAGAAGAGCGUGCUCGGAUUGAAGAACAUCGAUGUCUACGCAUUCGGUGUGUAUGCUGAUAGCGAUGACAUAAAGAAACUUCUGGGUGAGAAAUAUGGGAAGCAGUCAGCUUCUGAGCUCAAGGAGAAGGAUACAUUACUUGAUGAGCUCAUGGAAGCUAAUAUAAGGAUGACCAUCAGACUUCAGAUUGUUUAUGGCAAACUAAAUAUCCGUUCCGUUCGCAGUGCUUUUCAAGAAUCUGUCGGAAGCAGACUCAAGAAGUUCUUGGGAACAGAGAACAAAGAAUUGCUUCAAAGUUUCACUUCUCUGUUCAAAGACGAGUAUAAAUUACCAAGAGGGUCUAUCAUCGAUUUGUCAAGGGAGCCAGGAAAUGUACUCAACACAACAAUUGAUGGUGAGCAUGUUGGGAGUGUGCAGAACAGAGCCUUGUGCCAGUCAAUCUUGGACUUGUACAUUGGCGAAGAGGAACCCUUUGAUAAACAAGCCAGAGAUGAUUUCCUGGAAAAUGUGGUUUCUCUUCUCGGGAAAUAGUUCAGAAUUCGGCUAUGAACAAAUAAUGACAAGUCCAAGAGUUGGUGUUUGUGAUGAAUAAAUAGGUUGUAACUUUCCAUGUCAUUUACUUCUACUUGACCGACAGGAUCAUUCAGAGAAUGUUGGUAUGACUGAUGAAAAAACGUUUGUGUGUUUCAUUUGGAAACCGCAUGUCAACACAAUUAAUAUCCAAACC